CGGCCCAAGCAUUCGGCAAUCUAGCUUCGCCAAGUGUGAUGAAAACUAAAAGCUAUUAAGAGCUUGAUGUGGCUGACACUGUCACCGCCUCCAAUCGACAACUGGGCGCCGGCGAGUCCGGGAUUCGAACGGGUGACAAGUCUCUGAUUCAUCAAAAUCAUUCAAGCCCAAUCCUUCACCAUCGUCACAAUCACAUUAAAACACAGUCACUUUUCAGUCUCCAUAUUCUUUCCUUCCCCUUUCCUCUCUACAGCGAAAUCCUGCUCAGGUUUUUACGUUUUAUCUGACUUUUUAGGCGAAGAAGAUGGUGCUGGGUGUUUGGUUGUUGGUGAGGAUAUAAAUUACUUGAAAAUGGGAACGGGCUCGGAGUCUAAUGGAUGGAGCCGAGCUCGAGGAUUGGUUGUCAAGACGCUGGUUCUGAUUGGAGGUGCGAUUCUUGUGAAGCGGCUCACUAAGUCUACUACCCGUUGGGACCAUGCGCGAAUUGUAGCUCAAUCACUCGGCGGCGAAAAGUUCUCGAGAGAUCAAGCAUCCAGAGAUCCCGAUAAUUACUUCAACAUUAGAAUGCUGACAUGUCCAGCAGCGGAGAUGGUGGAUGGUUCCAAGGUUUUAUAUUUCGAACAGGCAUUCUGGAGGACGCCUCAAAAGCCAUUUCGGCAGAGGUUCUAUAUGGUGAAGCCUUGUCCAAAGGAGUUGAAAUGUGAUGUUGAGGUGAGCUCAUAUGCCAUCAGAGAUGCAGAGGAGUACAAAAAUUUCUGUGAUCGCCCAAAGGACCAGCGACCACUGCCAGAAGAAGUUAUUGGUGACAUAGCAGAACAUCUGACAACAAUACAUCUUAAACGCUGUGACCGUGGAAAACGCUGCUUGUAUGAAGGUUCUACUCCCCCUGGAGGAUUCCCAAAUUCAUGGAAUGGAGCAACCUACUGCACUUCAGAACUUGCAAUUUUAAAGAACAGUGAAAUACAUACCUGGGAUAGGGGUUACGAUGAUGAUGGAAAUCAGGUUUGGGGAGUGAAGGAAGGACCUUAUGAGUUCAAGCCUGCACCAGCCUCUAGUAUUAAUAACAUGUUUUCUCCUUUGAAUUUCCCCCCUCCACAAUUGAUGGAGACAGGAAUAGAGGGUUCUUUUGUGUUGCAAGAAUGAUCACUUUAUACAUAUAUAACCAGGUGUAAAGUUUCAUGCUUAAAUUAUUUUUAUCAAAUAAUAAUUCAGUUAAAGACCAUGUUUUCCA